AUGGACGACUCAAGCAUGUUCCUGCAGUGGGCUGUGAGCACGUUCCAGCACCACCAUCCUGGAGUCUUGGCCGACAACGGUGGCGAGGUUCCAUCAAUCCAAGUGCCCCGAGAAGAAUCCACCGUUGUCCUAGACCCAACGGAACUCGCUGCAGAAGCGACUGGAAGCUACAGGAGUUCCGGCGGCGGUAGUGAAGUCGGCGGUGUCAGCUGGUCCAUGUCACCCAACUCGGGCGGAACGUCGUAUGCGCCCAUCAGCUGGAACUUCGGCGCUGUAUCGGCGCGACCGAGUAGCAGCGGCGGUGGCACGCUGGUCGCCGUCGCCUCCCCUAUACCGGAGUUGGUGUGCGGGUCGCAGACGGCGAGGAGCACCGCCGGCACGGGUUCUGCGUCCGCGGCGUAUGCGAAGGGCCACAUCAUGGCGGAGAGGAAGCGCAGGGAGAAGAUCAACCAGCGCUUCAUCGAGCUCUCCGCCGUCAUCCCCGGCCUCAAGAAGAUGGACAAGGCGACAAUUCUUGCAGACGCGCUGAGACACGUGAAGGAGCUCCAGGAAAGGGUCAAGUUCCUGGAGGCCGCGGCCGGCGCCAGCAACGGCCAGACCGUGGUGCUCGUCAAGAAGGCGUGCGUGAUCGCGCGCGGCGACGAUGAGAGCUCCCCGGCGCUAUCCUUCUCCGCGCCGGCGAGGAACCCACUGCCGGAGAUCGAGGCGAAGCUCUCCGAGAACAACGUGAUGGUAAGAAUCCACUGCGAGAACGGGAAAGGGCUGGUCGUUCGGGUUCUCGCCAUGGCCGAGGAGCUCCACCUCCGAAUCGUGAACAGCAAUGUCAUGCCUUUCACGGCGUCCACCGUGAUCAUAACUAUCAUGGCAAAGGUCCAGGAUGGUUUUACCAUCAAGGCAGAUGAGAUAGUAGGAAGUCUCAACUAUGUACUGCACCAACAUAGCAGCAACAACAACAUCGAUAACUAA